ACCUAAUCUCAAGUUAAAUCCUUCUCUCUCACUCUCUCUCUCUCUCUCUCUCUCUGUUAAAUAUCUUCUUCUCCAUAACAGAGUAACAGCAACCCCUCUCUCUCUCUGUAACCUAGGAAAAUACAAUUACAAACCCACUAGACUAGCUAAGCUAAAAUGGAGAACUCUUCUCUAAUUCAAGAAUCCCCCAAAAUCCACAGCCCCACCACCAAUUCCUUCAGCCACCGCCUCUCUCCGCCCUCCAUCCCCAUCACAAGAUCCGACCCCAACAACCCCUACCCAACCACCUUCGUCCAGGCCGACACCUCCUCCUUCAAGCAGGUCGUCCAAAUGCUCACGGGCUCCACCGAAUCAACCCGCCCCGAGCCCCUCCGCAGCCCGAUUCCGCCCAUGAAGACCGGCCCGAGAAAGGACAAAUCCUCCUCCAAGCUGUACGAGCGCAGGAACAGCCUCAAGAACUUCAAGAUCAGCCCGCUCGCCCCAGGCUUCCUAGCGGGCUCGCCCCGACCCGGAACGCCCGAAUCCCUCUCCCCGAGCAUCCUCGAUUUCCCGUCGCUCAGGCUCAGCCCCGUCACGCCUCUCAUACCCGACCCGUUCAAUCGCGGGGCGAGUAACUUGAACACCGUGGCCGAGGACAAGGCAAUCAAGGAAAAAGGCUUUUAUUUCCACCCAUCGCCCGUUAAUACUCCUAGGGAUUCGGAGCCCCGCCUUUUACCAUUGUUUCCGGUCACUUCACCUAGAGUUGCCGAUUCUUGAGUGAGUUCUUGUUUUUUCCAAUCAAUUUUCAUUAAAUUGGUAGUUGUGUUUUCCAUUCAUUCUCAUGUUGUAUAAUCAAUCACAAAGAUUUGAUUUUGGGAUGAAUCCAUGGAAAAAUUUGGAGCAAGAGUAAAUUUAAAUUAAACAACUCGAUUGAGUCUCAUCAUGUAUGAUGUGUAAUUAAUUAAUGGAUUUUUCUUUCUUUCUUUCUUUCCUAA